UCUGGUGUUAGAGAGAAACAACAGUCGAGUCGUUUUAACAAAGGAGGAAAAGGGAGAAUAACGAAAUCAAGUCUUAUUCUAAAAGAAUCCAUUGGAAAAGGUAAUCAUCUAUAAGAGAGGAGUAUCGUUGAACGAGAAGAUGGCCGAGAAAACUUCGUCUUCGCCGGUCGUAAUAGCAGGCUCAGGUACUGGAAGUUCAGCGAAUCAACAAACUAAUACGAGUACGUCUACAACGAGGAAGAAUACAGUACCGAAGGCUAAGAAGCCACGUAGCAAACCUACCCAUCCACGUACACCGGAUAUGGUGACCGCAGCUAUAAAGGCUUUGAAGGAACGUAAUGGGUCAUCUCUUCAAGCUAUCAAAAAAUAUAUGUCCACGACGUACAAACUCGACGUAGAGAAGCAUGCACCUUUUAUAAAGAAAUAUUUGAAGAGUGCAGUAGCAUCCGGGACAUUGGUACAGACUAAGGGAAAAGGUGCGGCAGGUUCUUUCAGAUUGGCCUCGUUGAAAAGCGAAACGACCAAGUCCAAGUCUAAACAGUCGGGGACUAGUAAGAAGCAAGUAGCGAAGAAACGAGCGAAUACGAAGAAAACAACGUCAACGAGUUCGAAAAAGACGAGUACCGUUGCGGUUCCUGCUACGAGCAUUGGAACAUCAGGAACAACAACGGCAACAACAGCAGCAGCGGCAGCGGCAGCAGCGACGGCAGCAGCAGCAGCAGCAGCAAUAGCAGCGACGACGAAUGUGGCGACACAGGCAACGACAACGACAACGUCAGGUAAAAAAUCACCGGUGAAGAAAGCCGCGAUAACAGCGGCGGUCAAUGAAAAGCGUAAAACGGCGAAAGGUCCAGCCGCUAAACCACCGAAAGCUAAGAGCGCCGUUCACCAAGUACAAAUUUGGUCGAAAUCUAAAGUCACCGCCAAAGCGACGCCGAAAAAACAAGCAGUAAAAAAGUCAACGACUGCAGCUAAACCAAAGAAAGCAACUACGAAGAAGGUAGCAGCUAAGAAAAAGUGAGCCAAUAAUCUACAAUCAUCCACAUCGGGAUAAAGUUAAACUCGAACGGUCCAUUUUAGGACCAUCGCGCG